AUGCCUCUAAAUCAAAUAGUUGUAUCAGAACCAACGGCAUACUCACAUAUAAACGAUAAUUAUAUGGAUGCUGAUAAUGCAAAAGAACAAAUUCAAAGUCUUAGUCGUGAACUUGACCUGAUGCAUGAACGAUAUUCAAUAUUAGCGGAUGUUCAUAGUCAAUUGCAGAAAGAUAAUAGUCUUUUGGAAGAACGAAUUCUGACACUUGUUGAAACGUAUUCCAAUGAAAAGAAUCAACUGGAACAAGAGCUGAUUAACGCGAAAGAAAAAAUUUUCCAUUUAGAAGAUACAAUGAAUGACUUAGAAAUCGAAAAACAACGAUACAAAGAUGAUUGUAAUCUAGCUGUUCGACUUCUACAUCGACAUCCAAAUGAAUACGUAUCAACAAGUGUUCCCGAACAUACUCACGAACAAUCAAAAACGAAAGCAGAAGCUACAUCAACGAAUCAUUCAGUGCAAUCUCAACAUAGUGUAAUGAUUCCAACUUUUCCACCAAUGUUUGUUACACCACUUCCUCUACUUAAUACGAUGACAUCUCCCUCGCCGGUAACCAGUCAAGUCCCUUCAACAUCUAUUUCUGAUAAUCUUCGUCUCGCCGAAUCUUUAUUCAAAACGAAUAACGUUCACCGUUAUCCUUCCAAGCAUUUUAUCUGUUCUAAGUGUUAUCAAACCGUCAAAUGCUGCGAUGUCAGUGUACAAACAUCGCUUGAUGACCAUAAUCGUGCAUCUCGAAAUCAUCGAAUGUCUCUAAGUGUGUUCGAUGAUGAACUUGAUCCCGAUCCCGUGCGUACUUCAAGCGAACUUCAUCAUCACCUUAUGACAGUACAAGAAUAUCAAAUGGGAAACACGAGACGAUCUUCGCAAGAUUUGUCUUCGCAAUCGUCAAACUCAAUUCCUCAAAUGCAUCAUGUCUGA